AUGUACUAUUCAGGAGUUGGCGUAUUUACUAAUCAAGUACUCGCUUAUAAAGCUGCAAUAGCAAGAAAUAUUGCUCGUAGUGCUCCUUAUACAUUAAUUGAAAGGAGUGGAAUUAUUGUUCCAACAUUUAGUACUGAUCAACAAGAGUGUGAAUGGUUUGCACAUGUAGAUGGAAUGUUUGUUCCAAAAGAAUCAGGUAAAUACAAAUUCAUCAUGUACUGCGAUGACCAAGGAAUGUUUUAUUUGUCUGAAAAUCCAUUACAUGGAAAUCCAGAUGAUGAUAGUCAAUAUUUGUUAAAUAAGAAAGAUAAAUACACAGUAUUAAAUGAAACACAAGAAGCAACACCAAUUAAUCUUGUAGCAAACAAAAAGUAUUACUACAGAUUUACAAUAUUCAACAAACAAGGAACAGGUGGCGGAAGAAUUGCUUAUGUUUUCAAUGAUGAAACAGUAAUUACACACAUACAAACAGACUGUUUGUUCCAGACAAAUUGCGGACCAGAAGAUGUUGACAGAGCUCCAUUUAAACCAAUAAUAGAAAACGAUCCUUGCCUUGGUAUUUACUACGACGACAGAUCUAUUAAACAAACUACAAAGGACACUUGGAAAGUUACUAAUUCACCACAUGUAAGAAAUUCAAGAUCGAAUUUGUCACAGUUAUUAUUUAACAAAGCUUAUGGAAAUGAAGAUACUGCUUGUGAUGGAAGUUAUCCACAUACUUAUUCAGUUGAUUUUGGAGAGCCAGUUUCAUUUGAUCAGUUGUAUAUUCCUACAAGAAGAGAUAAUUUAAUGACAUCAAAUGUUGUUGUAAGUUGCGAUUCGAAUCAAAUUUUGGAGUCUAGUUUUACAACAGAAAAUCCUUUGUUGCAAUUUGAUGGAAUACAAACAUGUACUACUCUUGACAUAAAAGUAUUAGAUAAUACAAGAGGAACAUGGUCAUCAUUAGUUGAAAUUGAACCAAGAUUAUUAAGUUCUACUUCUAGAAACAUUAUCCCUGCAACUCAUACUAAACUGAGAUUAGUUGGAAGAGGAGAGUUAACAAGAAAGGGAAUGUAUUAUAAUGGAAAAGGUUUCCAUGUAAAGAAAUCAUCAAUGUUGCGAUUGAAGUUGAAAUUAAAUGAAACAGGAGAUUCAUUUGCAAUUAUUGGUGAUAAAUUCGAAAGAGGAGGAAGAUUCAAAGUUUAUAUCGAUGGACAUUUGGAUCAGGUUGUUGAUACUAAUGUAAUUACUCCUGAAGAAAAGAGUAAAAUGGCUGCAAGAAGAAUUUAUCAAACAAUUCUUUACGGAAAGAGAAAUUUGCAGACACAAUCUGAACAUUUAAUUGUCUUGAAAGUUGUAAGAGGAGAAAUUGGAAUUGCUGGUUUCUUGGCUGAUGGAAAUUUGAUUGAAUUACCUUCAGAAGAAAUAGCGAAACAAGGAGUUGUUGAAGGUGAUGAAGAGGAAGAAUUACCUGGAAAUGAUGAAGAAGAAAAUACAGAAGAAGAAAUAGUUGUUUCUGGAGAUGAUGAUACAAAUGAUGAUGAUGAUCAUCAACCAAGUGAAGGCGGCACACAAAUUCUUGGCGUUGAAAAUGGUGGAGAAACAGGCAACGCAACUGAAGGAUCAGAGAAAUUCCAAUCAGAAACAGAAGAUCAAAAGAGACAAAGACAGGAAGAAGAAGAAAGAAAGAGACAAGAAGAACUUCAAAGAGUUAAAGAAGAAGCUGAAAGAAUUGCAAGAGAAGAAGCAGAAAGACUCAGAAAAGAGGAAGAAGAAAGAAAAAGACAAGAAGAAGAGGAAAAGAAGAGACAAGAAGAGGAAGAAAAGAAGAGGCAAGAAGAAGAGGAAAAGAAGAGACGAGAGGAAGAAGAAAAGAAGAGAUUAGAAGAGGAAGAAAGGAAGAAGAGAGAAGAAGAAGCGAAGAAGAAUCAAUCAAGUAGUUCUACACCUCCAGAUAAUGAUAAUAUUCCAACUGCUUCAGCUGUUCCUAAUCCAGAAGAUUCUAAUGACAAUCAGAGCAAGAAGAAAGUAAUAAUUGCUUCAAGUGCUGCUGCAGUAGUUGUUGUUUUGGUUGUUGUUGCAGUUGUUGCUGCAAUUUUCAUUACAAAGUCACUCAAACACAAAAAUUACAAAUCCGAAUCAGAUGAUGAAGGUGGAUUUGAUGUAUAA